AUGUUGGAAGUGAGCGAAAAUGAGAUUGUUGCGAUAGGUCGUGUAUUAAACGACAAGAGUCGUCCGCUUAAGGAAAGAUUUCGCGCGUUGUUCACUUUAAAAAAUAUUGGCGGCUCUAAGGCCAUAGAACAAAUUCAUAAAUGUUUCAAAGAUGAAUCAGCAUUGUUAAAGCACGAACUCGCGUACUGUCUUGGUCAGAUGCAAGAUCCUUACGCUAUACCCAUUCUUAUAGAGGUAUUAACAGACAUUACGCAAGAACCGAUGGUUCGCCACGAAGCAGGCGAAGCUUUAGGCGCGAUAGGCGAAACCAGCGUAAUACCGGUAUUAGAAGACUAUAGCAAAGACUGUGUACCUGAGGUAGCGGAAACCUGUCAGUUGGCGUUGUGUCGACUGCGAUGGUUAAAAUCGCAUUACACUCCGAUAAAUUUAGAAAAGAGCCCUUACAUGUCGGUGGAUCCGGCACCACCGGCUGAAAUCACAGACGUCGAUAAGUUAAAGGGCAUUCUUUUAAGCGAAACCACUCCGUUGUUCGAAAGAUAUAGAACUAUGUUCUCUUUAAGGAAUAUACGUACACAAAAAAGCAUUCUUGCUCUUAGCGAAGGUUUAAAAGCGGGCAGUGCUUUAUUUAGGCAUGAAAUAGCUUUUGUUCUUGGACAGCUGCAAGAAGAAAUCUGCGUGCCAUAUUUGCAAGCUUCUUUGGAGGAUGCGGAGGAAAAUGAAAUGGUGCGACACGAGUGUGCAGAGGCUUUAGGCUCCAUCGCCACUCCGGAUUGUUUCAAAAUAUUACGCAAGUAUCUGAACGAUAACAAAAGAGUUGUACGUGAGAGUUGCAUAAUUGCGUUGGAUAUGUGCGAGUAUGAGAACAGCGUAGAGUUUCAGUAUGCAGACACGUUGGAGAAGGUCACUGCUUGA